ACGAUCAUCGUUUUUCUUAAUAAAUAAAUCUGAUAUUCUGCAACGAAGCACGCGUAUUAAAAAUAUGAUCGACCCCCUUAAAAUGUGCAUUACGAUUUCAAAAUUUAACCACCCAUUCUUUUUGUAUUUCUCAAUGUUUCGAAAUGUUUCGAGUCCAAAAAUGCAAACUUCUAAACUUGCAUAUUAUUUCUUUUUCGUUAAUCUCAAUGCAGAACCCUACAUGUAUUUUUGUACUAUUAAUCGAAGCCUUGUACGUGGGGCAUACAUUAUUAGUGGAAACUGUUUACGCACGUAUCCCUUUUAUUACUGUGCGUGAAACGAUAAUAGCAAAAGCACCUAUCGAUGUUACGUUCCUGAUUGAAACUCUACGUGCUAUUGGAUGCCGAUCGCUGCCACGGAGAGUUGUGCAAAUAUCAAUGGAUGGCCCAGGGACAAUUACAUGGGACGAAUAUCUCGAAAAUGCUGAAAUCUUUUUGCAAAUGUCGGAUAGGAUCUCUGAUGGAUGGGAAUUUCGAGGUGACAAGGAUGUGCCAGGGGGAGCGUAUAUCGUUCGACGAAAGAAACAUUUUCUUUCUGCCGAUAACGAUUUAAAUUAUUGUUCCGUACACAAAAAUAACAAUGUCGACGACGAUUUAAAGUUCGAGUUACAACAGGACCCAUUCGAAGGGUCCUCUGCAAUCGAGAAACCAUUGGUCAAGGAACAUCACAUACUAUGGUCGAUGAGCUACAGCGUUCCCGUAUUGUAUUUCAAUGGAUGGAAGUCAGCCCAUCUUGAACUAGGCUAAGCACAGCGAGCAAAGGGAACAAGAGUGUCUAAAGGGGAAAGACCCGAGAAACAAUGGAAAUGUACGUUUUAUGAGGAUUCUUGCGUUCGAACACUCUCCCCCAAUUGUAGUAAAUAGAUCUCGCUACUGACAAUUUCUACCAACUUUAUUGCUUUAUUGCGAAUUUGAUCGUUGCCGCGUUAUUGAUUAUGUAUCUCUAUGAAAGGCGUAUAUUUCGAUUGUAUCCAGAAAUGUAGAAAGGGUAAAUGCACCUAAAAAUGAACAGUAAUAAUAAGAAUGGCUGACAAUUUCAAGUAGUUUUCGCGACACUUUAUUAGUUGAUGGAAACGGUGCGUUAAGGUUAGAAGUUGUCACUGAAUUCGUGAUUUCAGUUUAUUUACCUACGUG